AUGUGGCUGCUGGGAACUGCCCGCGCCAACCUCGUUUUCUUCCCUCGUCCUGAGCAUGUUCCAAAGCCCGGAUACGCAAUCUUGUCGCACACUUGGGGCCCCUUGAAAGAAGACACCUUCCAAGUGGCGGAGAAGGUUGGGUACCAGUUCGCCUGGGUGGACACCUGCUGCAUCGACAGGACGAGCAGCGCCGAGCUGUCCGAGGCCAUCAACUCCAUGUUCCAAUACUACUCACAUUCCGCCAUCUGCUACGUCUAUCUCAGCGACGUCUCGUACAUUCCGAACAGAGACAUCAAGGCGAUUAUUCGGUGGAGCAUAUGGCAUCAUCGUGGAUGGACGCUUCAGGAGCUUCUCGCGUCGCCCGUCAUCUUCUUUUUCUCCGAGCAGUGGAAGUUUCUCGGCACCAAGAACGACCUUGCUGACGUCCUGCAAGAAGCGACCGGGGUUCCAGCCGCCGUUCUACGCUUCGAGACUAACAUCCAACAAAUGUGCAUCGCCGAGCGUUUGUCUUGGGCGUCGAGAAGGGAGACAACCAGGCCCGAAGACAUCGCGUACUGCCUGUUCGGGAUUUUCGGGAUCAACAUGCCGACGCUCUACGGCGAGGGCAGCGAGAAGGCGUUCUAUCGGCUUCUGGAGGAAAUUAUGAAGACGUCGCGCGAUGCCUCCAUCUUUUUUUUUGGACAUCACAUCCCCACUUCGUCGGCGCAACUGCGGGCAGUGGCACGGGCAUCAGAGGGCAUCACACUGCGAAGUAGUACUCGCUCUCCAAGUCCGAGCCGUCGCCCACGCUCCCAGACCUGA